CGUCAAUAAUGUUCAUAUGGUUUCGUUUCGCUUUUAUUUUCAUGCACGUCAAAUGUAUAGUUUUUAAAAUUUUGCUUUAUCAGUAAAUUUUACGUGAGACGAAAUUUUCCCUUAUCUCUUUUUAAAUAAAUUUACAAAUUUUAGUCCGUCCAGCCAUUUCCUCAGUUCUUUAAAAAAAAUGUUCAAAACUUUCCUCCCAAGUACAUAUCGUCAGCUUUGUAUGUGUUCCUUGGAAAAGCCAAUGUCAUGUAUUACACGAAAACGUUUGGGCGGAUGUGGGUCAAGUGGUGCCAAAAACGAAUUACCCAAAAAACCUGGACAACUUCUUUGUCUUGCCAUUGGUAGUACAUCUAUGGUUGCAUCAAUAAUUAUGGCAUUUUUAGCAGUUCGGGAACGAAAUUUGACGUAUUUGAAGCAGCAACAAGGACGAAGUGAUGAAUCGGUAUCGGCCACAACUAUAUUGGACUCGAAAAUUUUGGGAGAGAACUUUUUAGGAGGAAACCGAAUGCAUUUUUUGCAUUCAUUUGCUAUCAUUGCUGCACCGUAUGCGAGUGCUAAUGUGUUUUUGACAACAGGACUAUUUUUAUCUGGAAUUGCACUGUAUUCAGGAGCCCAAUAUAAACGCUCUUUUAAUCGUCAACCUGAGUCUCUGAAGCCUAUAUUGUGGGCAGGAGGUGCAUUGCUUCUAGCUGGAUGGUUAUCAUUCCUUCUUUAAAAAGAUAUGAGGAUGAUUUCAAAGGGGAGCGAAAGAGAAAAGAGAAGAAUGGGCAAUAUCCUAAGCGGGGUUAAAAUCUGCAAGGCUUCCAAUUUCCUUUUUAAAGUGGCAUUUUUAAAUUGGAGUUAAUUGUCUUGAUUGUUUUUUCGAAAAGGAAGAAUUUAUAAAAAAAUGAAUAUUUUCCAUGUCUAAAAGGGAGAAAAAUUUAUUGA